CCAUUUCUGUGUGUAGAUUGUAUGUGUGUAUAUUUAUUCUGUAUCUCUCUCUCCCUCUGUCUCUUCGAGUUUCGAUUCUAUCGAAGUGAAAAAGUAGAAGAAAAGGGAUAAAGCAGAGCAAGCCCUAAUUCUCUGAAUUUUGAGAUUAGGGUUUCGAAAUUGAAUAUAUAUAUAUAUAUAUUUUUUUUUUUGAGUUUUGUUGAGGUUUUGAAGGAGAUAGAUCAAUGGCGGAACCAAUGAGGAGAUUCGGAGUCGGUUACGCCUUGGCGAUGAAGAAGCAAGAGAGUUUCAUUCAGGCUUCGUUGGUGAAUCUGGCGAGUGAGAGAGGUAUUGAUCUCAUUCGGAUCGAUACGGAGAAGCCUUUGUUGGAUCAAGGACCGUUCGAUUGCGUGCUUCACAAGAUGUCCGGUGAGGAUUGGAAGAAGCAGUUGGAGGAGUACUCGGUGAAGAACCCUAAUGUGUUGAUAAUCGACUCUCCUGAUGCGAUUGAGAGGCUUCACAAUCGGAUUUCGAUGCUUGAGGUGGUGACCGAGUUGGAUAUCCAGACUCAGACUGAGACCGAGUCUUUUGGGAUUCCGAAGCAGAUUGUGAUUUACGACUCGGUCACUCUCCUCGAUCUUAACGCAUGGGGUGGUGAGGGUUUGAAGUUUCCGGUAAUCGCGAAGCCUUUGGUUGCCGAUGGUAGUGCCAAGUCUCACAAGAUGUCUUUGGUUUUCAAUCAGGACGGUUUGAACAAGCUCAAGCCACCGAUUGUGUUGCAGGAAUUCGUGAAUCAUGGUGGUGUGAUCUUCAAAGUGUAUGUGGUUGGGGACUACGUGAAAUGCGUGAAGAGAAAGUCCUUACCUGACGUUUCUGAGGAGAAAUUGCUUACUUUGGAGGGUUCUUUAUCGUUUUCGCAGGUUUCGAAUCUAACUACUCGUGAAAGAAACGACGAUAAGUAUUACAAGACGCUGAAUUUGGAAGAUACAGAGAUGCCCCCACAGAGUUUUAUCGCCGAUAUUGCUCGUUCGUUGCGGCGAGCAACAAAAUUGCAUCUUUUUAACUUUGAUGUCAUUAGGGACACUAGAAUUUGGAAUAGGUACCUUAUAAUUGACAUAAAUUACUUCCCUGGGUAUGCGAAAAUGCCAUCAUAUGAGACUGUUUUGACGGACUUUUUCUGGGAUGUAUUGAACAAAAAAGAAACAGGUCUUGAUAAUGUGCAGGUAAUUAGUUGUGAGAAAGAAGCAAGGAAAUUAGUUGGCAAUAAUGGAUGUGAGGUGAAUGAUCCGGUUUUGCCUCUUAGCAGGGAAGAAACGGAGAAUCCAAUUCAAGUCUGAUGCGUACAAAAUGCGCAUCUGAAUUGGGAACCAUUGUGUAGCUUGUUGCCGAAAGAUUGGAUCAGCAAAAAGCUGCUCAAAGUGCAAAGAACCUUCACUUUGUUUGUAGGUCUACGCAAGCUAUGCACAUUUCAUUUAGAUAGAAAGUUAGUGCAGUGGUGAAUAAGUAGGUUCUUUGCUUCUGUUACCGCCUUCAAAAGACAUUACAUGCUGUUUCUUGUUGAUCAUGUACAUUCCAUCGUUGCUUUGGGGGAUAGGUACUUCUCAAAUACAAGUUUUUAGGAAUGUUGAAGUUGUGAGGCAUAUGUAAUUCCUGGCUUAAAAACUGUUCUAAUGUCUGCCUUUGGCAACUUUAUUCAAUCAAUUUUGCCUUUUUAUCAAUGAUAGUUACAUUUUGUUUCCUUUGCA